GCGCGCCUGUCCCCGAGCCCUCCCACACUUGUUGCGGUGAGCGGCGGCCCGGGCUGCGGGAGGGCGGCCCGGGGCAGCCGCCGGCAUGAUGCACGUCAACAGCUUCCCCUUCCGGAGGCACUCCUGGAUCUGCUUCGAUGUGGACAAUGGUCCGUCUGCGGGACGGAGUCCCCUGGAUCCCAUGACCAGUCCGGGCUCCGGGCUCGUCCUCCAGGCCAAUUUCGUCCAUGGCCAGCGCCGAGAGUCCUUCCUGUACCGCUCCGAUAGCGACUAUGACCUCUCCCCGAAGUCCGUGUCCAGGAACUCCUCCAUCGCCAGCGACAUACAUGGAGAUGACCUGAUCGUGACCCCAUUUGCUCAGGUCUUGGCUAGCCUGAGGACGGUCCGGAACAACUUUGCUGCGCUGACCAACAUGCAGGACCGGGCACCCAGCAAGCGGUCAGCUAUGUGCAGCCAGCCGUCCAUCAGCAAGGCGACCAUUACAGAGGAGGGCUACCAGAAGCUGGCCAGCGAGACCCUGGAGGAGCUGGACUGGUGCCUGGACCAGCUAGAGACCCUCCAGACUCGCCACUCCGUCAGCGAGAUGGCCUCCAACAAGUUUAAGAGGAUGCUGAACCGGGAGCUGAGCCACCUCUCCGAGAUGAGCCGCUCCGGCAACCAGGUCUCCGAGUACAUAUCCAACACCUUCUUGGACAAGCAGCACGAGGUGGAAAUCCCUUCCCCAACCCAAAAGGAGAAGGAGAAAAAGAAGAGGCCAAUGUCCCAGAUCAGCGGGGUGAAGAAGCUGACGCAUAGCUCCAGCCUCACCCAUUCCAGCAUCCCCAGGUUCGGCGUGAAGACCGAGCAAGAGGACCCUCUGGCCAGGGAACUGGAAGAUGUGGACAAAUGGGGCCUUCACGUUUUCAGAAUAGCGGAGUUUUCUGGGAACCGGCCUUUGACUGUCAUCAUGCACACUAUUUUCCAGGAGCGGGAUCUGCUGAAAACAUUUCAGAUUCCUGUGGACACCUUGGUUACGUACCUGAUGACGCUCGAAGACCACUACCACGGCGAUGUGGCGUACCACAACAACAUCCAUGCGGCUGACGUCGUGCAGUCCACCCAUGUACUGCUGUCCACUCCGGCCUUGGAGGCUGUGUUCACGGACCUGGAGAUUCUCGCUGCGAUCUUUGCCAGUGCGAUCCACGACGUGGAUCAUCCCGGUGUGUCAAACCAGUUCCUGAUCAACACCAACUCUGAACUUGCCCUGAUGUACAAUGAUUCGUCAGUCUUGGAGAACCACCAUUUGGCUGUGGGCUUUAAGCUGCUGCAAGAGGAAAAUUGUGACAUUUUUCAGAAUCUGACCAAGAAGCAAAGACAAUCACUGAGGAAAAUGGUUAUUGACAUUGUGCUGGCCACAGACAUGUCCAAACACAUGAACCUUUUGGCUGACUUGAAAACGAUGGUCGAGACCAAGAAGGUGACAAGCUCGGGCGUUCUCCUCCUGGAUAACUACUCAGACCGGAUUCAGGUCCUCCAGAACAUGGUACACUGUGCAGAUCUGAGCAACCCAACCAAACCCCUGCAGCUGUAUCGGCAGUGGACAGACCGCAUCAUGGAAGAGUUUUUCCGGCAGGGAGACCGGGAGCGGGAGCGGGGCAUGGAGAUCAGCCCCAUGUGUGACAAGCACAACGCAUCGGUGGAGAAGUCCCAGGUGGGGUUCAUAGACUACAUUGUUCAUCCUCUCUGGGAGACCUGGGCUGAUCUGGUCCACCCCGAUGCCCAGGACAUCUUGGACACACUCGAGGACAAUCGCGAAUGGUACCAGAGCACAAUCCCACAGAGCCCCUCUCCAGCCCCCGAUGACUUGGAAGAGGGUUUGCAGGGCCCAGCGGAGAAAUUCCAAUUCGAGCUGGCCCUGGAGGAGGAUGGUGAGACGGACACGGAGAAGGACAGUGGGAGCCAGGUGGAAGAAGACACCAGCUGCAGUGACUCCAAGACUCUUUGUACCCAGGACUCGGAAUCCACUGAGAACCCAUUGGACGAACAGGUGGGCGAGGAGGCUGAGGGCCGGGAAGAGCAGGAGCAGGAGGAGGAGGAGGAGGAGGAAGAGGAGGAGGAGCAGGAUCAGAUUGAACCUUUUGUGAUCGAACGAGAUCGUUGCCCUGACACGUAACGGUGUGAAGACUGACCCUGUGUCUCCUCCUCUCUUCCCUUAUUGUCUCCCCGCCCUGCCCCCUCCCCCUCCCUCUGUCUUUUUAAAGUCAGACAUAUCUCCACGUCCCCGCCGUGGCCACCCUUCCCCCUGCUCCCCGCCGUGGUCACGCCUUAGUGUCACCUGCCGGGAAGCUUGUUGAGCAGCCCUGACCUUGACCCCUCAGUUUGGCACUCAGGAAUAUUGUAUCCGCAAUCUUCACCCUUGUGGCAGGCAGCGGAGCGAGUGGCAAGGGGGGCCGUGCCUGCGGUGGCCACCAUGCCCGCAGCGGCCCUCUGACCAGCCGGCGGCUAAGGGGUCUGGCCAGGCAGGUAGGCACAGGUCACUCCAUGGCACCGCCUGGAGAGCCCAGCGUGCCCUACCCGGCGGCUCUUUUACUUUGAGUUUUUUUAAGUCCUAGGAGCGACUCAAAGUGGAGCAGCUAGCAGGGGCGUUCCAAGCGGGGGCGUUCCAAGCGGGGGCAUUCUGAGCAGGGGCAUUCCGACCGGACACCGGACUGCGGUGGGCUUUUGCUCACCCGCUGCCGGUCGGAAGAAGAUGAGCUGCAGAAACAGUGGCAUUUUCUCACUCCAAGUCUUCCUGAUGCUCACCUGCCCACCUGCCCACCUGCCCCGGGGCUGCGGGGCCCACCGCUCCGCGGGGCCGCAUCCAAGGACCGAGGCCUUUUGUAGCGAGGCGGAUGGAGGGGGCGAUUCUGUAGAACAGACAGACAGGGUACAUACAGAACCUUCGUCGGCCACCAGUUGUCUUUUCCAAGGAGUGACUGGCCAGUUUUGAGGACAGAUCUGUGCUACACUGGAUUAUAUUUCUAAUUUUAGAAUUUUUUUUGCACCUUAGAUUUUCACAGCAAAUAACCAACCCGUAGCGAUUUGCGUUUUGUAUCCGGGUGACCUCUGUGGGGGCGGCAACCAGUUGGAAGCUUUUCGGGAGGAGCCAGGUGACCUGGCUUCCAUUUCACCCUUCUAGACCAGGUCCGCCUCUCUGUCCAUCUGUCUGUCCGCCCAUCUUUCUGGUGCCCGGAGCCACUGCUGCCCAUCUGACUCGUGGCCAGGAGCGUCUCAGGAGCGCAUGGCUCACCCUGAGUGUCAUGGUGGGCGGGGGAGGCGGGAUUCCAGGGAGCACUGGGGAGGCAGGGAUUUUCCCGCUGGUCUCUUCUGAGGCUCAGUUGGGCCAUAUGCUGGAAGGACCGCUCUGGACAGGAUGUGUUUCCGUCAUGCUCAAACCAGUUGGUGGGGGCGGACGGCCCUCCCAGUGCCCCUCUGUUGCCCGGAGCCACAUGAGUGCUUCUGCUGCCGGUGAUCCCAGGGCCCCGGCACUUGGCCUUCCGCCAUUUGCCCUCACACCCAAGCUGGCCUGUAGUGUGGGAGAAAGAACCGGGGCCCCAACCCAGGCCCGGCCAGCCACUGCCAGAGGCCAUUUGGGAGCCCCACGCUGGCCUGGGAUGGGCAGCGGGGAGCCCGGGCCCCCGGACGAGCCAGCGUCCCUGACCAGACACGGCUGACUCGUUGAGCCUCGCUUCUGAGAGAAACUGCUUGUACGGCGGCCAUGGUGGGGGGGGAUGAGUGGGCGGGGGGGUCAGAUGGCUCCAGACAGCCAGCCAGCUCAGACCGGACCGGACUUGACCGGCAGCCUCACAUCAAUACCGCCCAGUUUGUAAAUGCAAUCGACCGGGUCCCAGGGCUUCCACCGUCUUGUUCAGCCUGGGUUCUGCCCCCAUAGGCACCGCCAUGAGUCGGGGUCGGAGUCCGUCCUCACCCCCAUCUGGGAUCGGAUGGGGACGUAGCCAGGGGAGAGGAGAGAAGAUAGUGGGCAUGGAAAAAUGGGUCUUUUUACAAUGUAGCAUCUGCCUGGGAGAACCUGGACGAUGGGUGUAGGCAGGGGCCGGGGGAGGAGGUCAGUACACCUGCUGCCUAAAUCCAUGCGAGGGAUGCCCCAGUUCUGGCCACAACUGACUGGCGGGAGUUGGGGUGGCCUCAGCUUUGGUCCAGGAGCCAGGGUCAGGUGGGGGUCAAAUCCCUAGGAUGCGAGGAGUCCCAUCUGUCCAGUGAAAGUGGGAGCGUAAGGGUGCCGGACUGGACGGGCUGGGCCAGGGUGGUGGGGGGGAUGGGGAGUGGAGCAGGGACUGGCCACCGUCCAGCUUGCGGUUGGAUUUUUUCGGUCUCAAUCUGGCAGAAGAGGUCACCACCCCGGGGAGAAGUGAGACGCGGAUGCCGCUGUGCCAUCAUUAGGGCCGCAGCUCAUCCCCACUCCCCCUCUCCCAGGAGGCCUCUGUCCCCCACCCCCCCGGUUCCCCACCCCUUUAGCCUGUAGAGGCCCUGCUGAGUGCCUGGAAUCUUAAUAAUGAUAAAAGCAAUAGCCGUCCCUAAACCAGACACUCGAACGGGUAAGACCUGCACUAACGGGAGACCAGUCCUGCACACGCAUCGCUACACAGCGAGCCAAUGACUACCCCCCUCCCCAGGAACCUGGGGGCAUCAAAUGCACUGUACAGCCCCCCACCCCCUCCCCCAACAGCCAGGGGUCACCAUCCUCUCCAUUCCCCCCAGCAGCUUUGGGGCGAGGCCAACACUCCCUCCCCGACCCUCCAGCAGCCUCAAGGCUCAGGUCAUCGCUCCCCAUUCCCCCAUUCCCCCCCAGCAGCCACAGGACUUAGCCCAACCCUCCCCCAUCUCCCCAGCAGCCUCAGGGCGCAGCUCCAUGCACGGAUUUCCAAAGGGUACCCCCCCACACCGCCCUCCUACCCUCUCCCCGAAAGGGUAUCCUCUACAAAGGACUUCACAAAAAAAAAAAAAUCUUUGCUGCAAGAAAGUGCAACGUGGGGCCCUAUAGAGCCGAAAGGGGCAGAAAUCCGGGUCUGCAGAGAACAGUCGUCCCCCGACUCCAUCCCCGCCUCCCUGCCCCAGGCGUGUUAGCCGUGCGGUCCCCGAGCACAGCGGCACCGUGCUUAGGGUGCCGGUUUCCUUUGUGUCAUUGCUCAAAUUUGUGACACGACCGUGUAGGCAGAGCAGAUGCUGCCGGAAAAACUUGAAUGAAAUGCAUUUUGCAGAAGGCUUUGUGAUCAUUUUUUAAUUCAUUAUUUAUUUUGUGCAGUGUGUGACUUCUCACCAAAUGACCUUAUCCGUAAUGCAGUCCUGUUUGUCUGUUUACAACCACGUAUUUAUUGUAAUGUACAUACUGUAAUGUUAAUUGUAAAUUUUGAGUUCUCAUAAGUCAUCGCCCGUGACGGGGUGGUGUGGAGAUAUUUGGAAACUCUUGGUGAGAGAAUGAAUCGUGCAAACACUUACUCCUUGGAUAUUUUUUCCUGCUGCUGCACUAUUCUACGACAUCAACUUUAGAGCUUGUGGAUGGAAGGUUCGACGAGAUGAGAUGGAUCGCAAAGCGGCAGGGCUUUGGUCCCAGGGCUGUGCCUUAACUCUAGACUUGAUUUAAUUCUCUUUUGCUGCAUUUGGCGGUGGGAGCGGGGGUUUUGGCCGCCCGACAGGCGGUUUCUGACCCAGCGGGUGACCGGCGGGAGCCGUUUGCCUGAAGCCCAAUUUCCACCCUGCCCCUCUCGGGUGGGAGUCGCACCAGUGGUCAUGGCGCUGUAGGGUUGUGCCAGCGGGGUCCACCGCCCUGACUCCCACAAGCACACGGGACGGGAAGCCCCAGGCAUUCCAGCUCACCUCCUGGGUAGUCGGAUGGCAGGUGAAAGUCGGGGAGCCAGGGGUGCUUUCUGCGUCCCUCCAGUGUCCGUGGACAGCAGGACACCCGUGCCCGGGCCCAUCCCCUCCCUAUAGUGGCCAUACACGGCAGGGUGUUCACGCCCAGAAUCCAUCCGCUCCCUGGCGUGUCCACGCACCGCCGGAUAUACGCCCAAGGUCCGUCCACGCCCUGGGGUGCCCAUGCGCACCCGGACAUCCAUGCCUGGGGUCCACCAACUCCCUGGUGCCCGUGCACAGCUGGACAUCCACGCCUGCAGCCGGAGACGCCCAUAAGAUAGGACUGGUCGUACCGACGAGCCUUUUCCUCCGCUGGCAUGUGCGGCCUAGGCAGCGUUUGGGGACGCGUCGGGGUGAGGCGUGGGCCGGUGCAAGGGAAGGGUGGUCCGGCAGGCGGGAGGGCAGACAGGCAAGCACUCCAUCCCCAUUCCUCCAGUAGCGCCCACCCGUCCAUCUGUGGGAAGGGGCACUGGUCGGUGGGAGGGGAGGCUCUCUUUCAAGGAAAAACAUAAUCUCCCUUUUUUGACACAAACUGUAGAUCUUAGCAGCCCUGGCCCAAAGGAAUUUAAUUACUGUGGUUUUAAACGGUAGGAAAGGGACACUGUAACAGCCACCAAAUACCUGAACGUUGUUCGUGUUUUUAAUUUUGUUUUCCCUUGGGUUGUCUGUGGAGUGGCGACUUGUGUGGACCCUGCAGAUGCUGAUCCCAGUCUCUCCUCCAGCCCCCGGGCCCUGGGCCCACCACCGUAACCUUUCUCUGAGAUUUUUUAUAUGCAAUGAAAUAAAAGCAUGGGUUGAUUCUGCCUCUG